AUGACUACCAGUUCAACUACCCGAUUGUACGUCGAAUCCACCGAUUAUUCGUCGACUAUGCCGUACGAGGCAGUCCCACUUAAUAAUCUUGGCACAAAUGGUUACAGGAAGUUGAGAAACAACGGUAAAACGCGAUCGAACACUGAAGAAGAGGCAGGUUACGGAUCCACUAACGAUGACACACCUCUGAUGCCAGUUGUUGUCGAUGACGGUUUCGACGAUGAAGAAGGCUAUUCAGAGGGUUAUCAGUCCGAUGUCGGUGCUAAAGAUAGGAAGAAGCGGAAAAGGAGGAGAGAUAAGGAAGGUUGCUGCAAACGCUGUUUUAAAUUCUGGUGUUGUUGUGGAUUUCUGUCUUCCUGUCGAAGGUGAGAAAUACGUCUAAGAUCACAAAAAUAUCAACAUAAAUGGGAAGGAAAAGCCUGAUUUUGGUUAGAACCUUUACUUGUUACUGAUUUAUUGUUUUGAUUACUAGCUGUCCAUUGAUUACACUUGAGGGAGCCACAAAAUGAAAUAUGAGGGAUAUAUGAGGCCGAAAUGAACAUAUAGUACAUAUUUAAACUUAAUUAACAAGCCAUUUUAUUGAAAUGAGCUAAAAUUUAAAUAAAUUUGGGAAUUAAUUUUGGUCUUAGCUCUUUUUUUUCAAUAUCGCUUUGAUAGUUGAUGUUUUACUCGCUAAACCCUGGUCAGGGAUAUAAGCAUAUCUCUUUAGACUUUAAUUUGUAGGCCCUGACAGUUUGACAUCAUUGAAGACCAGUCUCUGCUGAGGGCAACGCAAUAAAAUUUUUUUUUUACUUUGCUGGAGAUAGCAGUAGAGAACUUAUAGACCUCAAGUCUGUGUUCUAACAAAAAUAGAAGGGAGCUCUCUGCCCUGAACUGCUGCUAGGGCCAGGACGUUACAUGUCGAUAAUUUUAAUAUUUGAUUUAAAUCGAUUGUUGUUGGUAAAUGUUGAUACUGAUCAAUCAACAGAUACAUGAAAUUGAUAAAAGUCAAUCAUAAAAUUUCCUGUGAUUAUCGAGGUUAUAUCAAAAUUGGUGUUUGAGUUUGAUUUUUAUCUGAAAACUAUUGGUAGAUGAAAAGGAUCAGAAGCAACAGUUUCAGUAUCUAUAAGCAAAUUGUUAGCAUCCGUUCAAAAAGUCUUGCGCCACUUUUAACUUGGAGGAAGGAUUUUCUUGAAAGUCUACUUGAGCUUUUGCAACAUUCGUUCGAAUGGAUUUUACAAUGUAUAUCCAUUUGUAACUGAGUAGCAUUCUUGUGCAUUCAAAGAAUUGGUAACAUCCAAAUCCUUCUCCUUAUGCAACAUUUGUGUAAAGUUCACAUAAAUCCUUAGUAGAUAUUUUCUGAAAAGUCUCAGAAGUCUAUCAAUUGAUCAUCUAUCUUGAGAACAUUGUGGUUAUCGACUUUUAUCGACAAAUUAAACAAAUCAAUCGACAAUUAUUGACAAAUAUCAAGCACUAUCGACUAAUAUCGACUAGCUUUUCAUGACUGAUUUCUAUUUAACAAGUAGAUUCCACAUUGUAAUGCGUUUGUUCAGUAAUAGAUCACAGAUGACGUCAAAAUGUGGUAAAAAAAAAGAAGUGGCACAUGAGCCACAGAUGAGUGUGUCACUGAUGUUUUUACUACACUUUGACUUUUUCAGUGACCAGUUACAGAACAGACUCACAGCAGCUUGGAAUCUAUUUGUUUUAUACAAUGAAGAGAGAAGAAAAAAUUGCCUGGCUGUUUGAGGACUUGUGCUAGUUUAGGCAUUUUUAAGUCCAAAAUGCUGCUUUUUGUCUCAGUUCUUCUUUACUUCUUUACACAGUUUCUCCAAAUAGUUUUUUAAUGCCUUCACUUGCUCAAAGUAGAAUAAUCGCAAAAAUGUUUUGCAAAUUAUCUACAAGUCUCUCAUAGCAAUGACAUACGGUGGCAAUUGUACAUUGUGAAGAUUUCUUGCAGUUUAGGCAUUCUCAAGUUGUCAAGAACUCUUUUUGUUUCCCUUUUUUUCCUUUUUCUUCUUUGUAAAUGGCUCCUGCUAAACUUUUUUGGAGGCUUUCACUUGUUUUAUCCGAAAUAAUCUCACAAACAUUUUCAAAACCGCGUGCCGUGUUGAGCAAAACAAAGAAGACAAAGUUUCCUGUGACGUCAUCCAUGUAUAGAUCUGUACUCUAAUAGAUUAUGGGCAAUGACCAAUCUCUUAGAGCAUAGCAUUCACAUUAUUGUAUGAUGACAUGUAACGUCCUGCUAGAGCAAGUCAGCCUUGAACUUAUGCCCUGAUGUUGCUGAAGUCUGUUACAUGUAUUAUUUUUUCUGCACAGCUGCUUUGAUAGACUAAUGGGAAAAAUUGAGAUGAAACCAAGAACAGUUGUUUUAGGAAGAGAGGUUUGUUAAAUUGACAGUAACUUUUAUGGCUUUUAGUAGUUUUGACAGUAGGGAAUUAAAAAGGCAAAAAUUUGAUUUUUUCAAGGUAAUGAAAAUCUACAUCAUUGUGUAGGUAACAGAAUCCCUUAUUAAAAAGUUUUCCUUUAGAAAGAAUUAUUUUAUUAUACAGUCCUGGGGCUGCAUUCAUUAUGUAUACUGCAGUGGGGGAAGGGGGGGGGGAGUGGGUGCUGGGGGGAAAGAGAUAUUUUUUGAGGGGGAAAAGUUUUUUCAUAUCCCCUCACAUCAUACAGAGUCUUUUGACACCCCCCCCUCUUGACCCAAAGAAAAAAUGACACCCUCCCCGUCAGUCUUAAUGAGGAAAAUAAAAUAUAGGCAAUAUGAUAAAAUGUUGCAGAGAUUAAUGUUUAAAAUAGAAAACUAAAAACAAAAGGUAACCAAAUUAAAGGUUCACAGAUUUUAGUAUUUCUGGUACAAAGAGUAGAUUAAAGAAGAGACUGAAGCUAGCUAGUGUGUACCUGAUCCUGGCAAAUUGCAUACCAGAGCCAUGUGGCAGGUUAGCUUCAGUAAUAAAUGUAAUCGUCCCUGGUUAGGUUAAAUUUGCAACCAAGACUAGUAAAGAACAAGCCCAAGUGAAAAGAAGACAAACGAAGAAAAAGCCAACAAAAAGGCAGAUGAAAAGCUAUACAAUCAACUCUCUCUAAGACGGACACCUUUGGGACCAGCACUAGCUGUCCAUCUUAGAGAGAUGUCCAUCUUAUAGAAAGUCAAAUAGAGGGAGCAAAGAAAGGCAGGGACCAACUCUAGGUGUCUGUUUUACAGAGGUGUCCGUCUUAUAGAGGUGUCUGUUAAGAGAGAGUCGACUGUAUAGCUGGUACUAAAAGAAAUUGAAUGACCUGAUCAGUUAAGCACAAAAAGAAAAGGGAAUAGGCCAUUUUACAGUUAUGGAUGGAAGCGAGGUUGAGGGUGACCUUGUUUUGAUACAAACCUUCUUUGCUUUGUUAUGGAAAUAACUAGUCAAUGUUAUUGAGUAAGUGAAAGUAUUGACUGUUCGAAAUACUUUAUUUUUUUUUAGUCUGCUACACAGCAGUUUCCUCGUAAUGUUAUUCGUAACCAAAAGUACAAUAUCAUCACUUUUAUUCCAUUGGUAAGUAUUUGAAAUAUUUCUGUAGUCUAUGGUAUAUUGGAUGUAAAUUUUCAGGACAUAAGUGGCAUGAAAGAUUCAUGAUGCCAUCUGUGGCCCAGUUACUGUAACAUCAAACAUAAUGCAGUACUGUAUAGCGUGUAAGAAGGAUCUUGGUCUUUCCAGAAAGACAUGAAGAUUCAGUCCAGGGCAACACAGGGUUGUCAUUAAGAGCCGGGGGCUGGGGAUUUUCCCCGGCUACUAAGAGAGUGACCCCCGGCUACUUUUAUUGGAAAAUAGAACAAAAAUAGAACCAAAAGAAAUCCCUAGCCGUUUGAUUCCCCGCCUACUUGUUGUAUUUACCCGGCAACUUGAAAUCUUAGUGACAACCCUGGCAACAGCCAGAUGUUUGCUUGGUCAAUUAAUAUGUAGUCUUUGCUCAGAGUCUUGGUGCCUGAAGAAUGGUUAGAAAUAAGCAAUGUUGCUGUGAAUAGCCUGCAAAAUUUAAGCAGCCCAGCUUCCUCUUUUUUCUAUGAAACUCUUGUCCUCAUUGACAGCAGAAUCUUGCAAUUCUCAUAAUUGAUGCCUUUUUUGCGGAUUCUUUGAGGGCCCUACGUGUACUGAACAGUGUAUAGGCAAACAAGGGCCAAGGCUUUAAGGGGCAAUUAACAAAUGAAACACUCCCCAAAACAGUUUAAUGUACAAUAGUUUUUCAGAUUCAGUACAUGUAUACCCCUAAGCUUUGCAUACAGGGCUGUAUUAAUCCUGUUUAGGCCUUUUGAGAAGAUGUUACACUGUAUUUGAUAUCUAUUAAAAGCAAAUAUCCUUCUUUGGUUUUCAGACCCUAUAUAACCAGUUUAAAAUCUUCCUGAACAUGUACUUCCUUGUGGUAGCUACUUCACAGUUUAUUCCUGAUCUUAGAAUUGGAGCACUGUAUACUUACUGGGGGCCACUGGUAAGCAUAGUUAAUUAA